AUCCCCGCCGCCCUGCGCCUGAGGGAAGGGCCCGAGGGGGGAAGCGAAGGGCCGGGCUGGCGAGGGGCUGCUCCGCUGUCAGGGAGGCUCCUUCAUCGUGGCUGGGUUUAAAGAGCCUUGGAAAACGCCCCCCCCCAGUCCCCGCCCCUUAGCUUCAUCCAGCGCAGGCCUGUGGUAAGAUGUGGGGUUGCUAAACCCAGGGCUCUGCCUUCCUCCCGUGCUGUGCCAGCAGCUUCAGUGACAUCCCUAAAGACUCAAGUAUCCCCCGUUUAAUUCUCCCCUGUUAAUGCGCCCUCAGAUGGAGUCUGUCCCAGUCUGGAGUUCGCGCUUCCCUCUAGUGCCUGCUACCUGCCGAGUCUCUGAGCAGGCAGGAGCUGAGGGUCCGGUUGUCUUUUAUUCUCUCCUGAAGAGAGCUGAGGAUUGAUCCCAGUCAGUGGUAGAGGUCUCCAGGCCGCGUUGUGACACAUUUGAGGCACGCUCCACUGUCUUGCUGUUUGAACUCGGCUGAGUCUGUUGCGAUUACGUUCUGAUUAGAUCUCUCAUGCGUCUCGUAGCAGAGCUUGUGGCGGUUAGUGAGGAGCGGGCCCUUCCCUGAGCUGGAGUAUAGUCUCCUGUUCAACGCAUGAGACAUUCCCUAUGUCGUGUUCCACAGACGUUCCGCUGGUAAAUUAAGUUUCACCCACAAUCAGCACAACUGUCUAGUGAGUCUAAAAAAAGUAGGUUUGAGGUAGAGACUGCUUUUAAAACGAACUAAAAGGCGUCCUGUAAAACCCUGACUUGCAUUUAAAAUGUAAGUGUUUUAAAUUGCAAUUUAGUGUAAAUUAUUUUCAACCUGUUCCUGCCACAUUUUUUGUCCGGUAGGAAUUGAAGUCUUGCGUUGUAGAUCACCUUUAUCACCAUACUUUACUGCAUAAGGGCAUGAUUCAACUCUCACGAAAGUCCAUGAAAGUUUUGCUAUUGUCUCUGAUCAAAAGGGCAUGAUAGGUGACUAAAGAUUGCAGCUAAAGGAAAAGACCGUGCCGGUACAGCAAAUUUCUGAAGGCUGGGUUGUGGCACUGCAUUGGGGGACAAGUCUACUCUUGCCACUUAUGAGAUCUUGAAUGAAAAACUUGCUUUUGAAUUGAGCAAAUAAUCUCUCCAUGUCAAUCAUUAUUCUGUAUGAAUCGGGCAGUUUUCAGUAAGACAUGGAGCCUCUCUCUUCUUGCACCUAUUUAUGCUUUAGCUCCUAAAAUUCAUAACUAGACAUAGUUAGAUUCUAAACAUGUUUUAUAUUCACCCUCACACUGGGUUGGAAGAUUGCCUGUGGCUGAUCCUAAUAUACAUCUUUUAAUCCUUAAAGGAAAAAUUACAUUUAAAAAAUGGAGCUGAAAAGUCUAUCUUUGAUCACUUUCUUUGAAAUAGCGAGGUGAAUUAUUUAAACUGUACUUUUAUGCAGUAAGUUUUCUGUCUUCUAAUUUGUGGAAUCGCCUCUAAUGGUUUUCAUCUCUCAAUAAAGGAAAGCUCCUGAACUUAAACCCUCCAAAAGUGGGAAAUAACGUGUGCAGGUGAAUAGAAGAAGGAUGUUUGGGACAGAAGGACACUUUCUAAUUUGUUGUUGUCAUUGUUUGAGCACAUUUAAAAACAUAUCUGUUGAAUGAAAAGUAUAGGUACUUACCUGCAGCAAUAUAGGAUAAAUCGAUUAUUCCUCCCAAAUAUGUUUAAAUGUAAUGUAUAAAGAGGUUCCUCUGAGCUACUUUCUGCAAUUGAUCUUUUUAUUAAAUGAAGGUUACAAUAUACUAUCCAGUAUAAUUAAUAAAGUAGCUCCAAUUUGACAAAAAGGAAUAUUACAGGGGGGCUUUCUGGGAUGGGAUUGGGGUUUUUUAUUUAAAUAAUCAUUACAUGAAUUCCGUUAUUUCUUUUUGCAGGUUCAUAUUGAGAUACACUGACUUGUGACUUGGUGUGCUGCUUAUGCUUCAAGGAUAGUUAAUCAAAUCUUGUAUUCCUGUUUCAUAAAAUGCAACGUUUUUGAAGGACAGAGGAGCUGUGCAUAUCUCCUAUAUGAAUAUGGAGGAGGAAGAAGAUUUAGACAACAGCCAGUUAUGCGAAGCUGGUUCAAAUCAGCAAAAGGAGUUUCUUCACUUUCCAGACAUACACUCCUUGAAUAACUCUCAAGCUGCUCCUUUUAAGAUUAGGCAUUGUUCUCUAUUUAUACCUUUGCUUCAUAUUGGCAAGAAAAUGCCUCAUUUGAGCAAAUUGACUAGGAUGAGUUCAAGUAAAGCUGCCUCUUCUGGUCUUUUUAUUUCACCUCUAAGAGAGCAAUUUGAUAACUGUUUUAAUAGUGCUUUGAUAUCAAACUGGCUGGAGAAAGCUCAUAAUUCCAUUACUGACUUGGAUGCUUUAUGCUCCAUUGGAGACAGCUGUGAAUGUUUUGCACAUUUCUGGUUUUCUGAACUACAAUAUAAUUCAAAACUGCAGUUAUUGGAAUUAGAAAUGAGCCUAACUGAUGAUGAAUUGCAGCUUGCAUUUCUUGAGAGGUUGGACUUUGAAUUGCAGCCUCCUGAUUUGCAUUCCAUCUUUGCUGCCACACUGAGUGAAUAUCCCGUGGAACUCCUGAACAAACAGAAACCAUAUGUUUUCCUUGACUAUUUAAACCUCUUAUCUUCAGAGCAAACAACUGGAUAUAAGAAAUUUAUGCUUUCAAGCAUAAAUUAUACAACAGCUAAUCCUCAGCUAUCUCAGUGGUUAUUAGCUGUACAAGCUUUUGCACUAACAAAUCUGUGGCAUGCAGUAGUACAGAUAUCAAGGGCUGGAAGGGACCUUACAAGAUCAUCAGGUCCAGCCCCCCUGCACUUAGGCAGGAAAGACUGUUGGGGUCAGAUGACUCCAGCAAGGUGGGCAUCAAGAUUUGUUUUUUUUAAGAUCUCAGGGUGGGUGAUUUGUAUCAUCUUUGGGGGUAGCCUGUUCCAGACCCUUGGCACUCGACUUGUGAAGAAGUUUAUCCUUACGUCCAGUCUGAAGUGAUCUUCAAUCAGUUUGUGCCCAUUGUUUCUUGUCUUUCCUUAGGGGGCCUUGGUAAACGGGUGCUCCCCCAGGCCCUGAUGUAUGUCCCUAAUAUACUUGUAGACUGCCACCAAGUCCCUUCUGAGUCUUCUCUUCUCCAGGCUGAACAGUAUCAAGUCUUUCAGACUCUCCUCGUAUGACCUGCUCUCCAGAUCUCUAACAAUGCAUGUGGCCCUCCUUUGGACUCUCUCGAGCUGUUCCACAUCCUUCCUCAAGUGCAGCGCCCAGAACUGGACACAAAACUCCUGCUCUACUUGGCCGUGGUGAGAUCACAGCUGAAGGAUGACAUCCUUAACCUUGCUUGAGAUGCCAUGGUAGAUGCAUGCUAGUGUUUGAUGUGCUCUGCCAGCUGUAACAUUGUAUUGGUGGCUCAUGUUCAUUCUGUGGCCUAUCAUGACACCCAGGUCUCGUUCAGUUGUGCUAGCACAAGUGUAGCACGGCUGAGCCUGUAUGUAUGUUGAGGAUUAUUUCUCCCCAGAUGGAGCACUUUACAUUGCUCCUUAUUAAAUGUCAUCAGGUUGAGGUCUGUCCACCUUGCAAGGCUGUCCAGGUCGGCCUGUAUUGCCAGCCUGUCCUUAAGCGUGACCAUGCUCCCCCAUAGUUUGGUGUCUGCAAACUUUGCCAGUUCGUUUUUAAUACUAGAAUCGAAAUUGUUGAUAAACAUGUUGAAAAGCACUGGUCUGAGCACUAAACCCUGAGAGACGUCACUGGUCACCUUCCGCCAUGUUGACUUGGUUCCAUCUAUCAGUACUCUCUUGGUCCUACCUCAGAGCUAGUUACCUAGCCACCGGACCGUAAAGUAGUCGAGGCCUCAUUUUCCCAAUUUUACCAUGAGGACAUCGUGGGAGACCUUCCUUUUUUACUUCUGAACUAUUUAUGUUGCCUUUCUACUGACCAUUUCCCUCCAGGAUCAUAAAAACAUAAACAUUGUAGAGAUGCACUGAUACAUCAGUCCUGUAUCGUAUCGGCACUGAUACAAAGAAAACUGACAGUAUCCGCAAUUGGCUUUUUUUGGCUGACAUGGCCAAUAAUGUUGCGGAUAAAUGCUCUGCGCAUGCAUGCAGCCACAGCACAGCACACAGGCAGCCAGAAGCACAGCAUGGCAGCGUGGAGAGCAGCUGGGUCUGGUGGGUAAGUCUGUGAGGGCAGGGGUAUGGGAGUUGCAGAUUGAGGCCCUCGCAGUUAGGGAGGGAGUGGGGCAGGUAAUGCACAGCUGGGGUGGAGGAUGGGACAAAGCCACAAGUGGCUUGUCUGCAGGGGGGGGCUCCUGCCACUGUACUCACCAUGGGAGGGCACUGGGGUGGGGCGUGGCCCUGGCUCUGCACCCAGGGUGAAGGCGAGGGCAGGCUGCCGCUGCGAGCUGGGGCCAGGGGUGGUGCUGGGCUCUUCCUGGCGGGGAGCUGUGUUGGGUUGUGCUUGGGGCAGGCGGUGCUGGGGAGGGCUAUGGGGGGCGCUGCAGCCACCCCAAAAUUCACUGUAGCCCCCCUGACCCCCCCCCAGCACCACCGCCACCCACCCCGGGAAGGGUUCUAUCCCCAGUCACCAGCCUCCCACUAGGGUGUGGGUACCCCAGCUUCUGCCACAUCCAGUCCUUCCACUGUCAAGUCACCAUCCAGCU